GAAAGGGGAGCAGUGGGUGCUGGUGAGGGUUCCUGCGCUCCGCGUUGGAGAGCGGGGCCCUGUCGUGGGUGGGCUUCCCUGCCCCACUUUCAGUUUGUGUGGAGAUGGGGUUCAGAGAUCCUUCUUUCUCUGAGCCUGAAGAAGAGGCCCUUCUCCGAACUCCCUCCUGGAAGGGUUGGCUGCAGUGUCCGGUCGCUGGCGGAGAAAGCCCCUUUCCAAGGUGCAGGGAGGGGAGGGUGGGGAACGUCUGAGGGCCCAUCAUCAUGGCAUUGUGAGCGCCCGCUGUUACUAGCUGUUCUUUCCGUUCAGGCAGCCCCUUUACAUUUGGAGAGAAAGGGAGGGGAGACCUUCGGCCUUGGGAUUAUUGGGGCACAUGGUUUUCUGUCCUGCUGUUCUCUUUGUGUGAUUCCUUCACUCCCCCGCCCUCUGCCCCCCAUUUCUUUUCUUAGUGCCACAAACUUUGUACUCCCAGAACUUUUGUUUGGGGGGCUGUCGGAAGGACUAAAGUGGAAAGGCCACUCUGUCAGGUUUUUAGUAUCCUAAACGUAUUGAGAUGGGGAGCUGCAGCGUUCUCUUUCACGGGUUGUCUCUCCACCACCCGAGCUGUUGUUACUGGGUGGGAUAGGAAUGAACACUGCCAAGGUGCCCUUUCAUCGUUUUUGUAUGUAAAGUGUUCUUAAAUGACCCCUGCUUGCUCUUGAGUAGUACAGUGGGGAUUGGUCUGAGCUCUGUACCACCAUUUUGGAUGCCUUGAGUGUGCUUUGCUGAAACAGUGAAAUAGAACAGUUUUCUUUAGACUUACGGGAUUUUUAUGGGGGGCAGGACCUUUGAGAUUGUUCUGUUUAAUUUGUUAACUUUACACGUGAAAUACUAGCCUGAGGAAGUUAGGGACACACUCCAAGCCUAGCUGCCAGCACGUGCAUGACAGGAUAGGGACCCUGGUCGCCCCACAGGAAAACCAGCAUCUAGACUGCGCCCAGCACCGCUUCUGCAUUUGAGACAAAGAUCCGGGCAUAUUUGUUCUCAAUUCAAAACAAUUUCUUCUUUUAUUGGAAGAAUUCUACUGCAUACUCCCUAUAAAUAUCAGUCAUUUUUUUCCUUUAGGAAAAAAUCCAUUCUUUAAACAAUCGAAAUCGUAUUUAUGUUAUGGUAAAGAUGAAGCCAAUAGCAGCUGGUAAGAGUUGUUCCUGAGUCUCUAGGUUAUUUCUUGCUUAUACCUCAAAUUAGAUAAUUAUCUGGUAUCCUUACCUAGAAGGUUGGUUAUAAGUCAUUAGCAAGGAUUAAACCCUAAAUCCCUAUCUACAUUUUAUAAGCAUGUGUUACUCUUUCCUCUUACUUGAAGUUUAUUGAACAUUUAAUGUAAAAAAAACUUUGUGGUUGAAUUAGCUGACAUUUGGGGUGAUACUGAUAAAGGCAUAAUACAGUUACAGUUAUUUAUUGCUACAUAUUUGGGUCUUGGGAGAUAAUGUUUAAAAAAUUUGACAUAUGGAAUGCAUACUCAUUGUAAAAAGGAAAAAGUACAACAUAUAAUGAAGUCAUUCAUGAUUCCAUCACCCAUCACUGUUUUCAUCGUCCAUCAUUCCAACGCCCAUCAUUCCAUCACUCUUGGGCUUACAGUCUUUCAAACAUUUCCUUAUAUACAUAUAUAUUUUCCCUAAAUAAAGCAGUCCUAAUGUUUAUGUAGUUGGAUAAAAUAUUUCUGACUUUCUUUGUAGAACUAUAUUUCUUUACCAUUUUUAAUUGCUCCAUUGUAUUCAGAGAUUUCAUUUUAAAGAACUUGAAUGGUAAAUUUUGGGGUAUUUUCCUGCAGUCUUGUGGCAUUACCAAUAACAUAAUAGAUGGCAAAAAUUGAGAGAAGGGUUUAGUGAUGCAAGCUAGAGAGCUGAGAAUGAUUUUGUACUGCUGCUCGAGGCUUGCAUCUAAAUAUUACUCCAUCUCUGAGAGUUCCAGCCAAGGCACUCAGCUGUUCCUGGUGACUCAGUUGCAGAUACGGCUGAGAAACUGGAGGACCCAGAAUUGGGUGAGGAGUGAAAGGAGGGAUUGUCUGUUUUGCUUCCACAGCCAAUGUGCCUCAUUGUUCUACAGAUUGCAAAUUCUAAGAAUUUUGUCUCUACCAAACACGAGCAUCAAGAGAUGAUGUGUUGUUUGGUUUUUGUAAAUUGGAAAUUAUCUUUUGGUGACCAAAGCAUUUAAAAUUGAGUUGUAGCCAGUGCGAGUUUACAGUGUAUAUGGAGCCAUAAGAAAGGGAAAGGUACUCUCUUCUCUGAGGAAUAUUUUGAGCCAUUUUAUGUGAUUAUCAAUAUUGCCUCUUUGUGAUAAAGAUGUAUUUUUACGUAAGUUCGUGUUCAGAACAAAAUCUUGAAUUAGGACCAUGGGGGCUGAAAGGAGUGGGAUUUGUUAGCGACACUGCUGGAUUUGAGUCCACGAAGGCAAGUGGAAGGUCUGAUAAAGUUCAAGUCUGAGCUCUAGGAUAAUGGGGAUGUCAUUACUGAGAUGCUGGGAUAUUAAAAAACAAACAAACAAAAAACUAAGGGCACCCAGUGGAUGAAAUCAUAGGAACAUGAAUAAAACAUCCAGCAGUUUAGAAAACCAAGAGAAAGGCAGAAAGGUCCAGAGUGAGGACCUGUCUUCUGUCCUCAGCCCCCAGCUUCAGUCCAGAUGGCACAGGGGAGAGGAUGGGACCUGUGCAUGGAGGAACGAUUGUCAGCACAGGAGUAUUCACAGUGGGUGCUCCUUCCCUUGGAGGCAGAGCAUGGACAUCUGUGUAAGUGACAUCAGCGGGCUCCCGAGAUCAUCAAGGUAGGAGUAGACACAGGGGCCAAGGAAACGGCGUUGUGAGGAUUUACAUGGUGUGCUGGGAGUCCCUGCUGCUCAGAAACCUGGUUGUGGUCAGUGAAGCGAAGGUGAGACCGUUCAGUAGCCAGCACUGGACCUUACAGGUGUGUAACAUGUUUAUUUGGGGGGAAAGCUGGACGUUAGGCAGUGGGGAGGAGAAAUUGGCUGGCUUUCUGAAACAUCCCUUCUUUCCUCGGUGCAUUUUGGCCAAAGGGAUAUGCCAUCAAUACCUCCAAUUAAUCCUUGUAACGAACUGAGUUGCCAACUAUUUCUCAUCUUUCCUCUCCUUGUGUAGGGUUAGGGAAAGCAUCAGAAUGAAAGCAUGCAGUAUCUUAUGUAGUUAAUCAGCUUCUAUGUUGGUCAGGUCACAGUGGAUUUUGUGGAAACUGCACACAUUAUUGGUAGACUAAAAUGGAAAACUUACCGGUCAGGAAACCCUGGUUGCGAGUGUACCAUUUUCUAGCUCUGUGUGAGUGCACGUGUGUGUGUGUGUGUGUGUGUGUGUGUGUGUGUGUGUGUUGACUAAUGAUAUAAUAUUAUGACCUACAUAGAUAUAAAUAUUAUUUCAGCAAAUAAGCUGUGUUUCCAUUACCCAAUGCAAAAAAUUAAACAUUCCCAUUUCAAAUGAAGUCCCCUGGGUAUCCCCCUCCUUCCUCUCAGAUAACCAUGUAAUAUUGUAGGCAGGUCAUUUUUAACCUCUUCAGGUGUGAUUUUAAAAUCAUAAGAUGAUAGCUGCCCUACUUAGCUCACAGGGUUAUUGUGAGAAUCAAGUGAGUGGUGACUGUGAAGGCACUUAGAAAAUCUCAAGAUGCUGAAUAAAGGUCAGGAAGGAACCUGCAAAAGACCUGGCUUGGUAGUGUCUCGUGCCAGCCUGGGUAGGUACAGCUCAAGUGUUUGGUAAGCAGUGAGGGAACGGAAUUCCAUUUUCUCUAUAUCUUCUUUCAGAAAGCACAGAGUGUCCCCAAAAAUGUAUAUACACUUAACAGCUGAUAGCUCAAUUGAUGUUUCUUUCUUUUCAUAUUUAACUCAUUGGGAUUAAUAAUUAUUCAAAGCGUGUGUACAUUUUUGGGGACACCCUGUAUCUUAAUAAAGAAAAGCCAGUGAUUCAUAUUCUUCAGAGUCCUUCGGUAUAUAUUCAUUCAGCAGUUAUUUACUGAGUACCUACUCUGUGUCAAGUACCUAUUCCAAGCAGUGGGAAUAUAGCAGUGAACAAAAUGAGCAAAGUUCAUGCCUUUAAAGCAAAGUAGAAAACUUGAUCCUUUUUUAAAAUAUAUUUUUUAUUGAUUUCAGAGAGGGAAGCAGAGGGAGAGAGAGAUAGAGUCAUCAAUGAUGAGAGUCAUUGAUUGGCUGCCUCCUGCACGCCCACAACAAGGCACGUUCCUUGACCAGGAAUCAAACCAGGACUGCCUGGUUCAUAAGGUCGAUGCUCAACCACUGAGACACACCAGCCAGGCCUGUUUUGAACUUUAAAUUUACAUAAUUUGUUUUCCACAAAUUCAGUCUAUUAAAGACAAUUUUUUUUAAUGCCAGAGUUAGAAUUUAUUGUCCUUAUUUUUGCCAGGUUGAGCUGAGACAGCUUUCUUCAACCCUGCAAAGUUUUAAACUUUUACCCUUCCUUUGAUUUGUGUCAGGGUGAACCGUUUGAUGUAAGACUUGACUCCAUAAUCUACAUCUGCCCUAAUGCUGUCAUCCGGAAUAGAGACUCAGCCAGUUCCACUUGAUUCCCCCAUGUCUGCCGUGGUACAGGAAUUAUACUCGGAACUCCCAGUAAGUGUCUCCAAAGAGCUUCAUGCUGACCCUGAGCCAAGUGUGAUUCCAGAUGUAAAACCUGGAGCCUCAAGCUCUCUUAUAAGUCAGAGUAGGACAGUGCCCUUGGAGCUGCAGAGGACUCACGCGGGAAGUUGUGAAGAAACCUCUGAGACCUCGGAUCAUGGGGGAGAGCCUGGGCGGUGUGGGCUGGUGGACUCCACAGCAGGAGGCUCUGUGGCUUCUGGGAUCUUGGAUAGGGAAGAGAAAACCGAGAGCAUGGAGCUACAGGUCUUCAGAGAUCGAGGGGACCAGGUGGAAAUUGUAAGAGACCCCUGUGAGGGAGCAAAGGAAGACCCCUGUCAACAUUCCACAGCCUCUGAAGAAAAGAUCAGCCCAAGUCAGGAGCUCCGGAUGCCGUCCCAUGAAGAACUGUUAUGCGUGGACCUCCCUGAGGAUUGUCUGAGGAUCAAAGAAGGAAAUGUACAAAUUACAACUGAAACUCUGUUAAAAUCUACUAAACAAGUACAAGGUAUGAAGGUCAAUGGGACUCAGACAGAUAAUAAUGAUGGACACAAGAAUGGCAAUGUGAGUAAAGAUCUCUCGGCUGGGCGCAGCGAGUCCCCAGAAGUAGACAAAAUCAUGACCAGUGGUGAGGUUUCAGAAACCAGCACAUUCGUUUCCCUAGAGCCUUUAAACUCUGCGAACCCUGGAUUAACAGAAGCAACUCCUAAAGAAAAAGUAUGUGAAGAAUUAAAAACUUGUUCUUCUUCGUUGUCAUUAUUACCAGGGAACAGUGCCAUUUGCAAAGUGGACAAUGGGAAGGAAGAGUUGUGUAAGUUAAGCCUUGUCUGUGAAGCAGAUGACAAUCACCACCAGAUUGUUGGCCACCAUAAUGAAAAACACGGUUCUGCUCAUGGCAGUCCCAGACCCAUGAGAAAUGUAGUUGUAGAACCCUUAGGAAAAAAUUCUGAAGUUUCCUGUUUCAAAUCAAGUUUAUCUGGUCCAGAAUCCAGAACAGCAUCCUUAGAAAAAUGUAGUUUUGCAGGUGAUGGCUUGCUAAAGAGAUCUGCUGAAAAGACAGAGAAUUCCUGUUUUGAUGGUGACGCUCAAAGCAAGAACUUGGCUUCUAGAGAAGAAAAUGAAGAACAGUGUGUGAACUUCAGCUCUGAAAGAGGGGAAUUCUUUCUUGUUAAUGCCAAGCAACCAGAAGAGGAUGCUGGUGGUCCUUGUUCUGGAGAAAAAAAGACUGUUGCCUCCCCAGAAGAAAAUGUCCACGAUAACUAUUGCGUUCAAGGCAGUAUCCACACAGACAGCUCCAGUUCUCUAAUCCCCAAGUCUUUUCCCAAAGCCACGGAAGUCACGUUUAAAAAAACAGAUUUGAAUAUCACUUCAGACAUACAAGUUAGCUUAACAGACCCUGAGGGCCAUAGAGAAACUUUUACUAAUAUAAGCCAUCCAGGCAGACACUCUGAAGAGAGCAGUUUUUCCUUCUCCAUGCAGACCGAAGAGCCAAAACAGACAACCACUAUCAAGCCUGGUAUGUUAAGUGAAAAGAUUUACAGUAAAGACCCUAACUCCUUAGUCAGCACCCAGAGAAAUCUGGAAGGUGACACCCAGUUAAAUGAAGCAUCAUAUAAUGACUUUAUGAUUGAAAAAAAAGCCCAUGUGAGUUUAAUGCCAGAGGACCAGAUAAGUCUUGUAAAUGAGGAAUCAAAACCCAAGAAAGGUGCUGCUCAGCUAUUACCAUCUCUAGAAUUUGGUUGCAGACCUGAGUCAGAAAAAUCUGUACAGAUCUCACAGGACAGUAUUCCACAUUCAGAUGAACAGAGCAUUGCCUGUGAGUUGAAUGAACGUCCCUCUACUGAUGAACUAGUUCUAGACAAAAUAGAAAGUGAAUGUGUUUUAAAUCAAGUGUCCCUUAAUUCUCAAGAUCAUGCGACAUUGUCAACUGACAAAGAGUUGCCUUUAGCACUAAGCGAGGAUUCCCAACAGAGCCAUCACCCUCCAUUAGAGGAUGGAGCCAGUGUCCUUACUGAUAUCCAAACCAUCCCCAUGAAGACAAAAAUGAAAGAUAUCUCUCCACCAGGUGACAAAACCUGUGGUGCCUCAUCAAACAAUUUCACCUUAAAUAUCAAACCAGGAAGCCUGCAAAGAAAAAACGAAAUGGCUGAUUCAGGAACAGAAGACCUACAUUCCAGACUUCUCUCAUGUAAGAAAGAAGUAGCGGUCUUGUCUCCAGAGGUCUCUGUCAUGGAUUGUCAGAGUGUUCAACCUCAGCAUCUCUCUAGCUGCCAUUGUGUAGGGGAAAAUGCACCAGGGGAGAGCACGUGUUCUGCGUGUGCUGCUUAUGAGUCUAGAAGAAUCAUCCUGGAAGGUGAAAACUCACUGAUGAUCAACCAUGAAAAUGCAUUUCAGCACAGCCAUCACUAUUCCCCAGGAAGAGAAGACUCCGUGGAAAGAACCACCCAUAAAGUGAGUUGUACAUCAGAGGGAAGUGAACUUAAUGGAAGAGAAACGAAGGGCAGCCUUCCAGGAGAUAAGAUCAGAAACGAAAGGACAGUAGGUAUGUUAAAUAGUGAAGCUUCCAACAGAACCAUUCACGGCACCAAUCACAUCCAACCCAGUGAGGAAGGGCUAGAAUUAAAGGAACAGGAUAUACCCAAAGAGACUGUGUUUUAUAAAUAUAACAACUCUGAUUGUGCCACACAAGAGCCAAACCAAUCUAUAAACAUUCCAAAUCCUGAAAAACGAUUGGAGCUGUCUCCUGCUAAGUGCUCCAGUUUUAAAAACAUGAGUCAAGCAGUUAAAACUCUUGAUCAGAAGACAGAUGAAGUCCUUGACUACCGGAGUAACCCAGACAGACCAGAUGAGUACAGAAGUGAAGAUAAACCAGCUAAGGGGACACUAGGUAAUGACCAGAGACAGACCAUCACAGAGCCUAACACAGGGGAAAGCUGUAACCAGAAGAAUCUGCCGUUCAGUUCCGGCAAUAACAACUCAUUGUCUGGUGGUAGUCGGAAGAAAGGCUAUUUGAAAGGAGGCUUUGAAAGGAUUUCUAGUUUUGGUAAGUCCACAGAUGGUAUGGUAGACAUCGCCUGCACAAACUGUAAUAAUAAGCCUAGAGAAGGCAUGCUGGACACACUUGGUGGUGUGCGGCAAGGUGGACUGGCAUUAAUUGAAACCUCAAGGAGUGCCCUGUCUCAGAGAGGAGACUUGAAUGCUGCAUUUACAGGACAGAUUGACCAGGAUUCAGAAUUCCCAGAUGCUACUUCCUCUGCAGCAGAAUCUCUUGAAAUAAAAAAAUCAUGUGAAGAGAAAGUUUGCAGAUCGUUAAACGAUAGUGAAAUGGAAGUGCAUCCAGACCCUUGUGCCAAUGAGAUAGAGUCUAUUGCAGAUCAUGAACCAAAUACAAGAAUAUUGGAUGGAGUAAAUGUGUCUUUAAAUCAUAGUCAUCAUGAACAGCAAGUUAAAGAAGCAUCUCUGAGAGAAACACAAGAAAUGAUUGAAAAAUCAAGACUAGAAAUACAUUCUGAGUUUGACAAGGAAAAUAUCUUUGGAAUUUCCUCAGAAGAGUUGGUGUCUAGAAGACACCAAGAUGAGAACUCGGUUCUCCCAGAGAGCCUGAAAUCCAUUGAGAUAAUGCCAUUGUGUCUAUCUGCUCAAGAAGCAUCAGAAGCUAAUGUUAAAAGUGAAGAAACUGACAAGAAAAAUAUUUUUAAACCAAAAGAUGGUGAAAUGCUUUGUGAAAAUUUAGAGGAUUGCACAGUCCCGCCUGAGAUGAAGGAAGAAAUACCAAGGAAUAGGAGUAAUCCCGGCGAAGGAAACAGCAUUGACAUCAGUAUGAAAAUUUUGCCUUUGAUGAUGGAAACAGAAACUAAAGUGAAAGGGGAAGAAGCCAAAGAAGAUCAGAGGGGACCACCAGAUCACGUACCUGUUGGGGAGGAAUCUGACGAGAGGAUUACCAGAGAAGAUGGUCAUGGUGAUGACAGGAGUGAGAUUUCUCAGACACACUGUAAAUCCCUGAGGAUGUAUGGUGACGCUGAAGAACAGCAAAGCCAGAGGGAUUUGGACUCCAUGUUGCAGAAGGCAGAGGGAUAUGAACAUCAGAAAGAAGCACAUACACUAUUGGAACCAUGUACAUCAUCUAAUAUGUUAUCAGAUGAAGCGCAAAAUCAGAACCAACCUAAGGAUUACAAAUGUGAGUACACCAGGAUGAAAGAAGUCACCCCAGCACAGCUGGCCCAGGGUAACAUUACCACACGGCUUCAGAAGUUGAAAGACCCAAAGGAGGAGAAAUUACGUCAUCCAUUAAAAAAGGACAUUGAGUUGUGCAUAGGUCCUUGCCUUCAUAGUGUCCCCCAGAAAUCCCAAGCCCCCAGCUCUGCUAGGUGUUACGAAGUACACGGCGCCUUUGGGAACACUUCCCAUCAGAAAGGAGUGCUUCCCUUCAAGAAGCAGCCGCAUCGGGCGUGUAAGAAAGUUCCCUGUCAGGAGCAAGUCAGCAUCGGGAGGAAAAUAAGUAAAAUCAGGAAUUCUGCCUUUUUAAAGAAUUCCUCUGAGACCAUCCCCACAAAAGCACACAGACUUCUCAGCUCACCUGCUCUGUCUGCACCCGCACGACUGGAACCCGACACAGUACCUAGCGGGAGCCUAGUUAGGAACAUACCAAAGCAGAAGGCUACUCCGUGCCAUCUCUUAAGGAGCCUGACCGUCAGGAAGCCCACCAAAGAAUCAGCCUUACUCAGCAAGCUAUCCGUCCUUGCCUCCAGGCUGGCCCCAGCCUCAAAGACCCACAAACUAAGGUAUCGGCGGUGUUCUUCUGAACUCCUCCCAGUGGCUAAAAGCUACAAGCGGCUCCGAUGUAAAAAGCUCCUGGAUGGAUUUUCAGACACUAUGAUGCAGCUGAAUCCAUAUUUGACAGCUAGCGGAUGGGAUAGGAGGCCUAACAAUAAAACCUUGACCCUUUAUCCACUCGAAGCCAUCAAAAUGAGCUUCAUAGAUUUGAGCAACAAGAUGCCAUUGCUGCUGUUCGGUUCUGGAAUCGUCCCCAUAUCCUUUCACGUGAAAUCAGGCUCCGAGUGCAUGCCUGAGGCCCCACGGACUUUUCCUGAGCACUGUGCUCCGGCGAGGCUUGCCUUAGGGGAGGCCACCCCUUGUCCUCAACCUCCCAAGUGGACCUUUUCCUUCUUCUUGUCCCAUGGUUGCCCUGGGAUGGCCACAUUCAGGGAAGACACUGGCCUCCAUGCUCAGGCACAUUCCCAGGCUCCUCCACAGCCUCCAGCUCCUCUCCAAGACUACGGAGGCACCGCCAUAGUCCAGACCAGAACAGGCUGCUCUGUCCUUGGCCUUCACACUCUCCUAGCACUUUGUUCCCCGGGAUGUUACCGAAUCUGGACAAAAAAACGGAGCUUCUCCAGUCACAUGCCUACCAUGCAGAGGCUCUUCAUGACUCAGUUUACACAGGGCUUGAGGGGGUUAAGGUCUCCAGCCUCCAUAGCAGACAAGGUCUUCUGUUCCCUGCCCUAUUCGGUGGGCCGAGUGCUGUCCGUUUGGAGCCAGCAUGGGCCUUCUGCCUGCCCCUUCGAAACCUCUGCCCUGCAUUCCACUCACAGCAAGCGACCGCCAACUCUGGACAUCACAAGCAGCCACACCAUGUUACCGUAUGUGCCUCUUCCAGGCAUGGAAGCUACUUACAACACCAGUGGCGGUCAGAUGAGGCUAGAGCCUCCCUUCCCUGCCCUGGUACCAAAGUCGUGCUUGGUAACAGACUCGGCUGUCGGCAAGCUCCUGCUGUCAGCCUCUGAGUUCCCGGUUCCUGGGUUAGAUGAACUGGAUGGUGUGACAGCAGCGCGCCCCUGUCCACAGAGCAGCCCUCCAGAGCAGAAAGAGGCUGAGCCAGAGAAGAGGCCAAAGAAAGUCUCACAGAUUCGCAUCCGGAAAACCAUUCCUAAGCCAGACCCUAAUCUUACCCCCAUGGGCCUCCCUCGCCCCAAAAGGUUAAAGAAAAAGGAGUUCAGUUUGGAAGAAAUAUAUACCAACAAGAAUUAUAAGUCUCCUCCUGCAAACAGGUGCUUAGAGACCAUCUUUGAGGAACCUAAGGAACGAAAUGGUACGCUAAUCUCCAUCAGCCAACAGAAGAGGAAGCGAGUUCUCGAGUUUCAGGAUUUUACUGUCCCAAGAAAGAGGAGAGCUCGUGGGAAGGUCAAAGUGACAGGCAGCUUCACCAGAGCCCAGAAGGCAGCCCUGCAGAGUCGAGAGCUGGAUGCCCUUUUGAUACAGAAACUAAUGGAACUGGAGACCUUCUUUGCCAAGGAAGAGGAAGAGGAGCCAUCACCUGGGUGUUGAGAAGCAGUUUGGUUGGGGCGUCUCAAUGUUAGAUUUCCCAGGCCUCCUGGGAAGAGGUUGCAUCAGUUUGCCCAGUGCCCAAACCACUCAAAUUGCAAUCCAUGGAUUUUUACUGCUUCAAGGUGCAGCCUCUUUAGAAACUGGUGGCAGAGGGCCCUCUACUUCUACUGCUGAUCUGGAACCUCAGGAAAGCGCCCUUCCUCCUGGAAGUGGUCCUGAGUGACAUCGGGCCGCCGCCUCCCACACUCUGUCAUCCACAGAGGAAGGCGCAGCGCACCUUCGACAACACUAGAUUCCAAGGACUCCAGCACUGGCACGUCCCUGUGAAAGUUCCACGCUGUUUACGGUGGUGCUAGACCAAGAUUGCUCAGAUGUUGCCUAGGGAGGGGGCCUGGCGUCCUCGCCUGAGAGGCCUCACAGCUCAUUUCGUAGCUGAGGAACGAUGAGCCUGUGGUGUUUUCUAAUCCUUUGAGUCCGUCUGCCCAGAACCUGGGGUAUAUGUGUGUGUGUAUGCGUGUGCGCGCGCGCGUGUGCGUGUGUGUAUGUGCGUGUGCGUGUGUGUGUGUGUGUGUGUUUUCCCAUCAUUUUUUCCUCCCCUCUGUGACUGUGGGUCACCAGUGCCAGAGGGGCCGUCCAGGCCCCAUUCAGAGUAAGUUGCACUUUUUAACGUUGUGGUGUUAUUUUCAUUUGUUUUAUUCCUUUUUUUUUAAAUUGCUGCAUGUUCAGAGCCUUUAAAUGUGAUUUUUAAAACAAUUUUUUAAGACAUUGAGGAGAAAGAUAAUACAUGUCUGCAGAAUAGAUGGUAGGUGUUUGACCCAGUGUAUCUGCAUGGUCUGGGACAGUGGAGACACUUUUCCAUCCACGUGUUUCAGCAAUCCCUUCCCCAUCUCUCUCUCUGCAGUUCAUUAGAGGGAGUACUUUUUUCAUCUGGGUUCUCAUUCUUGCGUGCUAAGUAGACGUAUUAAUUUUAAUGACGGAAGUAAGAGCAGGUUUCUCUCCCAAUCAUUUUUAAAGUGUGAUGGUUGGGUGUGGUCUUUUAAUGGAUUUUAUCUGAAGUGUUGGAAUGUAACAAAGUUGGGAACAACAGUAUAGGCGGUGGUAGAGGCCGACCAGUGUGUUUGCAGCUGUCGGAGCAGCCGGCCCUGAGAGUGGGGAGGGGCCGCCGCGGUUGAAGCUCAGUGGUGUGUUCUUGCGGUGGGAUCACGAAAUCCCACGGCCGGCCGGCCCCUCUGAGGACACCUCUUUGUUCUCUUGGCUCCUGUGUCGAACCAACUGGAAAUGUAGAAUGCCCGUGCUUGCUGAGCGUCUUCUUUUGUGCCACAGGAGUCUGGGCAGAAGGAUGCUGUGUGGGUUAGCAGUCCCAGAGGUUUCACUCCUUUCCCACUAAUCCCUGUGUGCCCGCACCCUGCUUCCCCUGCCUCCUUCUUCCCUUGUGUUUUUUUCCUUCUCUCUCUCUCUCUCUCUCUCUCUCUCUCUCUCUCUCUCUCUCUCAAAACAAGAGUUCGGAGAAUUACAUUCCUUGGCUGGUGAAUGGAGUACUAGACACAGCCUCAGGACACUGGUCACCUCUCCCUGUCCUCCUCAGAGCCACUGCAGAAGCCGCUGCCAGUGGGAACUGUCCCAGCGCCAGGCACUUGCCGCCAGGCUGCUAGAGGAGAGAGAGAGGUGCCGCCCUGGGGUGUGUCUCCUAGGUUUCUUUGGUUCCCCAUUUGUCAGUGGGGAGAUGGGUGGGGUGGGAGGUCUCUAUGUGCCUUUCCUUUGCAGGUUGACAGUCUGUGCCACACUGGAGCAGUGAGACGGACAUGAGCCGGAAAAAACCAAGUGCACCUCUGUCUUGGGCCCCUGUCUCAGACAGCGCCUAGUAAGUCCCAUACACACCUGGGAGCCCCCGAGGCUUCUCAGGCCAAGGCCAGAUAGCGUCAGGAGAGAGCGGGCUUCCCCCCGGCUCUGAGUGAGCGAGCCUGUUCUGCCCUUGCACAUCCACUUGGCCUAGAGCCCUAGACUGUAUGGACACGACCUGUGUUCACCUCGGUACUUCUCCCUUCCUGGGACAGGGCCCCUAACGCUUCUGUCUUCUUGCUUUAGGAGUGGGUGAGGGAUGCCGUGUGCCCUUGUCCAAACGUGUUUAGGGAAGUACUGCUGGACAAGCUUGCAAACUCCCAGUGAGUCCACAGAGCCCUGUUUGCCAGCACCCGUGCGGUAUAGCCGAGUCAGCGAUGUAGCCACGCAUCCUGCAGGCUGAAGUUGAGAUGGGCACACUGUGGUAUCACCAACUUUACAAUUACGACUUCAAGUUUGCCCGUUAGCGGCAGGGCAUUUUAUGAGCCAGCAGCAGUGAUUUGGGACAUUGGUGUCUGGGAAGGGAGAAUUGGAGGAAAUGGAGACGUGGGUUCCUUCCUCGUCCUGGGAAUGUGGGAGAGAAGCUGCUCUGAGGCCAACCUGUCUAUCCCUGAAGUUCUCGGCAUGCCCUCUGGUUGGGGCCUUUCCCCGCCGCAAAGUUAAGAACCACUGCGAACUUGCCGUUGCUUGCCUAAAGUCGCUAGAAGGGUUCUAGCCAUGCUCAGGCACACAUGUCUUACCUCUGUCCUCCCCAUUGGCUAGCAAGCUGCAGUGCUGUCGGUGGUCCUCAGAGCCUGUGGGACCCGCCAAUGAUUGGGGAUGUGAGUUAGCUGCUGGCACACGGCCUGCCCCGAGUGUCUGGUUCUGGUGGGCCCUGGUACAGUUCCUAAGUUUGGGGACUUCCUUCCGAAGUGGCAGGGAGUUCUAGUUAACCAUAACUUACUCAACUCUGGUGUAGUGUCAUUAAUGUGGGAAAGAGGAGAAAUCUCAGGUCCAGUUGGGGUUUCACCCGUCAGUUUUUCACCGAGACUUUGAACUAGGAGUUUUCUCGUCUUUUAGUUUACAGCUGUAUUUGCUUUCCCACGCACCUUCCCCAUCUCUGUUCCUUUGGCCUCCUUUCCAGCUUCAUUUCUUCAUACCUCAUCACCUUUUAAACCAGAUUAUGUCCACUUUUUCUUACUGACCUUGCUCUGAGAGCUACAGCUGAGGGAGGUACAGUGGAAAGACAUGUAGCGUUUGCCUUAUUGGAGCCUGAAAAGCUCAGAAACUCAUGCUGUGAAUCCCAAAGCUCUGCGCUCCUCCGAGAGCUGUGAAAUCAUGACACUUUGUCACAUUUUUGCCUGAAAGAGCCUUGAUGGGUGCCAGAGCCAACCUGAGGUCACUUCCAGAUCCCAUCCUCCAGGCACGCCCCCCCCCCGCCCCCCCGUCCCCCACGGCUCCGUCCCUGCCCGCCAGGCCAGGAGCUGCACCAAGGAGGCAGGGCUGGGGCGGGUCCUCGAGCUUUCGGCAGCCUCGUGGCACACGGAGCCCGCGGUCGUCUCCAGGCCAGAAUGCCACCUCACAGUCCCAUGUGCAUCAGCGUCCUCAAGAGACCAACUUUCGGCCGUGGUCCUUUUCUCCCGCUCCCUGGGUGGGAGGGUGGAUGCAGUUGGUGCUUUUAAAAUUCUCCUGUUUUGUUUCUGUAAGCUUUUCCCCUGGUAUCAUGGAAAGGACCUCCUCAUCACCACCCUGUGGGUGGCUGUAUCCAAAGUCUAAAUAAUUGGCCAGAUAAUGUGGAGCAAGCUUUCCUGAACUCAUGGGAGGGAAGGGCUCCUGCACCACAACUGAACUUCUUACGUAAAAGGCUGGCUGGGGAGGAAGACUCCGUUUUAUCACCAUCAAAUGUAAUGGUCUCCAACCACAGAUGGAGCAGCAAAGGCUAUUCGAUGGUAAAGCGAGGGCCCCCGAGUAGUCCGCCCUCCAGCACAGCAUAGUCCGAUCUGAUGCUUGUUCGUUGUGUGUCCUCAUGAGUCCCUCUCUGGUGCUGAAUUGGAUUUGAAUUUUGGUGAGAGGCCUCCGCAUCUCCUUGGGCUGGGCUGGCCAGUAAGUAGCUGCCUGACGUGUUUAUAUAUUAUCACGAUCAAUAGUUCAGUGAGAUUUUGUACAUUUUUUGGUAACAUUGGCAUACAUGAUGCCCCUGCAGCUCCUGUUCUGUUUGGUAGUUUGUGCCUCUAAAAUUCCCACUGUUAUGUGUGUUAAUUUAUGAAAAUAAAAAAUUUUUGAAGCCUUUCAA